AUGGGUUCCCUAAGUACAUCGGAUCUAUUCAGUGUCAAGGGCCGCGUGGCGCUGGUCACCGGGGGAAGCAGCGGCAUUGGCCUCAUGAUAUCCAGAGGACUAGUAGCCAAUGGAGCCAAGGUUUACCUGGUGGCCCUGCCGAGCGAUCCAAUUGCUGAAACUAUUCAAGACCUGAAUCACCUGGGGCGUGAUACUGGCGGAAGCGCAGAAGGGUAUCUACUCUUGCCAAUGUCAAUACAGGAGCUUGCUGAAAAGAUCUCCAAGAUGGAAACAACUCUAGACAUGCUCAUCUCGAAUGCGGGCAUCCGUCGCGAUCCACCGAAAGCAUGCAAUGUCCUCACAGCGCCGCUACGUGAGCUUCAAGCUUCGAUGUGGUCAAUUGAUCAGAAGGACUGGGAAGAUACGUUUCGGGUAAAUACCACAGCACAUUACUUCCUCAGUGUGGCAUUGCUUCCAUUACUUGCUGCAGCCGCCGAUCAGCCAACGAGCGAUGGCGGCAAGGGCCGAGAUGAGGGAAGAGGUGUUAUUGUCGUCACCAGCUCCUGCGCGAGUAUGCACAAUGCUACUAAUGUGGAUCUAACGAGCUAUGCGACAAGCAAGGCCGCAACCGAUCACCUUGUAAAACUGUUGGCGGCCAAAUACAAUCGGUUCUACGUCCGAGUUGUGGGCAUCAACCCCGGAUUUGUACCAAGCAAUAUGAAUCCUGUCGGUGCUGCAGGAAAUAUCUUCAGUUCGCUUUUCGACAAAGUGCCGGCGAAAAGAGCAGGAACGUCACAGGAUAUUGCAGGGGCAGUGAUUUACCUCGUGAGCAAAGCAGGGUCAUAUGUCGAUGGCAUUUCGCUUUGCGUAGAUGGGGGUCGUAUUCUGUUGGCGAACGGACAGGAGUGA